AUGAGUACGGGGGACAAGAAAGCGGCAUGCCUCACCCAAAGAUGCCCGUCGACAAGUCUGCCCCUCUCGGGCUGGGCGCCCUCUUCUAACACAGUCUGGUCAGCAGGGUUCAUUUGCAGAGGGGUUCUUCCCGACCAAGGAACAAAAAGUCUUCAGAAAGAACUUACCGGCCAGCUCGACGCUGUGGCCAUCGUGGCCAACGUGGGCACGCCCAAGAAGUGGCGAAGUACCUUCCGGGGGUGCGGAAUUCGGCUGGGCGACAUCACAGGCGCCGUGGACAGCCGGGCCGGUACGGAUGCCAGGAUCCGGCACAUCGACGCCGGCCUGGCCAUAAUGGCCACGAUGGACGGGCCGGAGGUGUACAGGGUCAGGGCGAUAAGCCGGCGCCUCAGACGGCUCCUACGGGACCCCCCGGGUAACGAUAAUACCCAUAUAAAAGAACAGAUUAUGCUGGACCUGGCUGCCCACGCGGGCUGGCACCAGGAGGUCCUGUGCGCGUUGGAGUGGGUGAAGCUCGCCCUGUAG